AUGGAGAACUACACCGUGGCUGCGGCGACGAACUCCUGCACCUUCCAUGAGGAGUUCAAGCAGAUCCUGCUGCCCCUGGUCUACUCCGUGGUGUUUGUGGUGGGGCUCCCCCUGAACUUCAUCGUCAUUGUGCAGAUCUGGCUCUCCAGGAAGGUGCUGACCCGCACUGCUAUCUACAUGCUGAACCUGGCCACAGCUGACCUGCUGUACGUGUGCUCCCUGCCGCUGCUCAUCUACAACUACACGCAGAAGGACUACUGGCCCUUCGGGGACUUCACCUGCAAGUUUGUCCGCUUCCAGUUCUACAGCAACCUGCAUGGCAGCAUCCUGUUCCUCACCUGCAUCAGCGUCCAGCGCUACCUGGGCAUCUGCCACCCUCUGUCGUCCUGGCACAAGAAGAGGGGCAAGAGGUUCACCUGGAUGGUGUGCGGCGGGGUGUGGGUCAUCGUCAUCGCCCAGUGCCUGCCCACCUUCGUCUUCGCCUCCACGGGCAUCCAGAGGAACAGGACCGUAUGCUAUGACCUCAGUCCCCCGGACCGCUCCGCCAGCUACUUCCCCUACGGCAUGACGCUGACGGUCACGGGGUUCCUCAUCCCCUUUGUCUCCAUCCUGGUGUGCUACUGCUGCAUGACCAAGCUGCUCUGCCAGAAGGAUGAGAUGAUAGGCCUGGCCGUGCGCAAAAAGAAGGACAAGGCCAUCCGGAUGAUCAUCAUUGUGGUCAUCGUCUUCGCCAUCAGCUUCUUCCCCUUCCACCUGACCAAGACCAUCUACCUGAUCAUCCGCUCCUCGGCGGGCGUGCCCUGCCUGGCCUUGCAAACCUUCGCCAUCGCCUACAAGUGCACCAGGCCCUUUGCCAGCAUGAACAGCGUCCUGGACCCCAUCCUCUUCUACUUCACCAAACGCAAGUUCCGGGAGAGCACGCGCCACCUGCUGGACAAAGUGAGCUCCAAGUGGAGGCAGGACGCAUGCCGCACCUACAAAUCGUAG